GCCGAAGCUCCUAACGUCAAAACUCAAAACCUCUAUAGAGAAUAUUUACUCAAAAACGUUUAACGUAUUAUUUAUUCUAUUUAGAACCUGAUAAAUAUUGGUUAAGUGGCUGUGUGUUGUUCAAGUAUUUGUCCAUCAGUUAAUGUUAGCAGUUGAAGUAAUUUGUGUUCACUGGAAUAUUGGACGGUAUUGAACUGUUGCUUUUUAUGCACAAUGUGAGGGGCGUGUGGGUGCGCGGCAGGUGCGGGGGGGCAUGUGGGGCGCGGCGGCAGGCUGGUGGUGCGGCGCGCUGGCAGCCGCGCUGCUGCUGCUGCUGGUCGCGCUGCGCUGCCGCCGCCCAGGGCAGAAGCAGCGUCAUCUCGCGUGGCCGCACCGCCCGCUGCAAGUGCAUCAGGUUCACAUUGUAAGCAGCGGUAAAGCGUACGUGUCGCACUUGACGAUCACGGAGCCCCGCUGCGCGCACACUGAUCUGGCCGGAGCGCCCCCCGACCCCGUGGUUACGGUCCCCUCAGACUCACCGCCGUGUGCACCUCGCCCCAACCCGCCACAAAUCGUCAUCGUUAAGAAUUUCAAUCAAAACACUAUAGCUCACGAAGCUGCAAGCUCGGAGUCUCGACCUCCGCCUUUACCUCGUCUAUCGACCCCCGAGCAUUGGCUCCAUAAACGUCCCUUUGACUAUAAAUAUCCUUGCAUACCUCGACCUCUAUCUCAACUAGUCAAUACUGAUCUUGGGGCGGACCUGUCCAGAGAAUCACGAGCUAAAAAGUAUAGUGCUACAAGAUCACCGUCUUUGGAGAAAGACGACAAAUCGCCUCUGGUUAGCGCCGGCACACAUGUUGAAGUGUUCGGUUUCGACGAUUCCUCCGUUUCUAAAAUGAGUGAUUCGGCCGAUGUACCGUCAGACAUGUCGCCUAGCAACCUAAGAAGAUUCCGAUCUGUGAGCACUCGUCUAAACAUGUGCAGCGUGACUGAAACGCCCCACGUCGAUGGAAUUGAAAGAGUAGAGAUGCAAAAUUCUCCAAGGGUUAUAGAAUGCAGUUCGGCAAAAGAUAAAUCUUCUGCAUCAAAAUUUGAUUUCUCUCCGAAAUUAUUAGCGGAUACCAUUAGUUCGCCUAGAUUUUUUACACCUCCCGAGAUGGCCUCACCGGCCUUUUUCGCCGAGCCCUCCCCGAAGUCUGUGUACUAUGAUACUGUAAGGUCACCGAAAUUCUUUCCCGAGACACCUCGUGACGCCGAGGUGCCGCAGUCACCGAGAACAUUGAGCGAUCACAUUAACAGAGCUAAUGGUCUGUGUGAUAAACCGGGCUCUCCAAAGUUCGUCACCCCUCGACCGAGUCCCAAAGUACAUAGUUAUAACAAGGAAAAUUACUUUACUUUCGAGCAAGGAGUAUUAGAAGAAGGAGCGUCUAGAGCAUCGCCUCGUCCGAAAAGGUACGGUGGAAGAUACUCCAUUGAAAAGGAAAGGUUCACUCCCCCAGCUGAUAAAGAAGUGAAGAAAUACAAACGACAUAAUAGUUGUGACACUAAUAUUAAAAAUAACGAAGAAAUAAUGCCAAAAUACGAGAAAAAAGAAUCUGACCCUAAAAUAGAAGUUAUUGAAACCGACGUAGUAGAUUGCUGUACCAAAAUCGACUCAAUGCAAAUCGGAAUUAAGACCGUAAUCGAAAGGACAAACGAACUGGUGCCUAUCGAAUCGAGUUCAGCGCAGGCUAGACGACAACGACUAAAAUCGAUCUCCUUAGAUUCUGACAAUGCAAAAAUCAUAGAACAAAAUUUAGGGUUACCAAUAGCGAAACAAAUGAAGGAUCAAAUGAAUGAGGCGUAUAAAAACCAAGAAACAAGUACUUCGUGUGAGAAUAUGGAAAGGCAUAUUACAAAAAAUUCAAGUGAAAGAGCAGCCUUUAAGUUCGAUGUUGAACAAAAAAAUAAACCGGUGGAACAGGAGGAGCCUAAGUCGCCUGAUGUCAUUCAGAGAAAAACUUUGCGACAAAGUUCAGAUACUCAGUCAUUUUUGGAUAUGCCUCGUUUUUCACCUAAAGAGUUUGAAAUAACUGUAACGUCAGAUGAAGGAUCGACAGUGCCGGCGGAGACCCAAACAAAACGCAAGUUUAAAAACCUACGAAACCUAACAAUAGAUUUGUCUAAACGUGAUACCGAUUUAGAAAAAGAAUUAUUGGAAUUUGAAAAAUUAUACACCGACGCCGAAGAGAAGAAGGUUAAAACGCCUACUCUAAAAGUUAAGGCGACUUCUUUAGAUUCAUCCGAGUCAGUAAUUCUAUCUCUACCUCAGAAAAAGUCUUUGGAUGUACCACAAAAUUCAAUAUCCGUACCGAAUACUCCUAAGCGACAGUUGAAACGAAUACUCGCUCAAAGAAGUGUAAAACAUGACGGUUCUGGAGGCAAGAUGGGAUACAAUUCUUUACAAUCUAAUGCCGAACAAAGACGACUUUACAUGAAAGGUCAAGACAGUGGAAUUUUCCUUAGAGAUAACCAUGCCAGUCUCAUGUUAUACCAGGCGGGACCUUCACGAAUGGGUUCACGAACUAUGGGCUCAUUUGAAGAAAAUACUAUGGAUUUCGUAGAAAAUACGCCAGAGAUUAAUAUAUCGGGAGCCGACAGCAGGCCCGGGUUAUAUGUAGACACCGGUCAAACUCUAGGUUCCAAUCUUCUAAACUAUAAACAAAAUUUAAGCGUGUCAAGUACUAAUUUGAAAACUUUACCGGAAGGUGUGCCCUCUGACGACUUCGAACCAAGCACUGGAGAAGAAAAGUUAAUCAAAAAACUUCAUAGAAGGAAUUCCAAUCAAAGUUUAAUGCUGAGCACACACAGCCUGCAGAGCUCGAACUGCUCAUUGAGCAGCGCCGGCACCUCCGCUCAUAACUUAGGAACUGUUCGUACGAGUUUUUCUAACUUCAGUUUAAAUUCCGACAUCAGACAAAAGAAAUUAUCGAUAGAUCGAAGAGAUUCUAAUACAUCUCUCGUGAACGCCGAACAUACGAGUAUAACGCCAACAACUCGAGUCAUUUGCUCGUCGAAUACGAACCUCUCCGGAGAGGUAUCGAAGAAUUGUCUGUUGCAGAGACGUGGCUCCAAUAACAGUUUAACACUAAACAUCUCGACAUCCAACAACCUCAGCAGACAUUCUAGCAACACCUCCUUAAAUAAAGAAGUAAAAUUCGGACAGAAGAAAGGACUAUUAGAACGAAGAAGUUCCAACACAUCGUUAACGCUCAAUAUCAACACUUCUAAUCCACAAUUGUCCAGUAAUCGAGGACUCAGUAUUUCAAAUUACAAUCUGAACGGAUCGACAUGCAACCUUAGUAGGUAUAAUAGCAACCAUAGUAUCGACAAUGCACCAACGGAACCUCACAAAGGUAUCCUGGAGAGACGAAGCUCUAAUACUUCGCUCACUCUAAACAUUCAUCCACAAGAACCACGGAACAUAGAAAUAGACGAAACACUAAUUGAUGGCCAGCUGGCAGAACUUCCACAUAGAGAGAGACAUAGAAAGUCUUUAAGUACCGAAAAUUUGAUUCCAAAAUCGUACAAAAACCGAAUGAAGUUACGCACGUCCGAAAAUGCUAUUGGCUUCGGUUCACACGACAACUUGUGGUCUACGUCGUACACGUCGGAUCAAGAAUAUUCGGAGAAUCUAACAUGCGUUGGUGGCGAUCAUGAAAAUGAAAUCAUAUAUGCUUUCGGACAUCAAGAAGAUGCUAAUUUUCAACCAAGUUUUGUCAGAAAUAUAACUACCAAGCCUCUAAGCCCUCAAACUACAUCUGAAGAUUUUAGAUUGUAUUUAGCAAAUAUACAUCAUUUACAAAACGCUUCUAGCGUGUUGACCCGACAGCAGCUGAAAGAUUUGAACGAUGUAUUUCAGAACGGGUACUCUAAUGUCAAGUGCCAUAGUAUCGGUGAGGGUCAACAUUGCUGUACUGGUCGCGUAGACUCUGAUAUUGCGAAGGAAAAUCCCCAGAUGGUUAUACCGGAACCGGUGACGACCCAACCUUGUUCUGAAUACCAGAAGAUGUUGUUGAGGAAUUUGCAUCAAGAAUUUUGGGAUAUGCCAACAAAUUUCCAAGAAAAACCGAUUGUUUCCGGAUCACAUACAAAGAAUAGGUACAAAACCAUUCUACCCAAUGAACAUUCUAGAUUUAUGCUGCGACCGUAUCCGGAUACCGUCGGGACAAUAUACAUCAAUGCCAAUUAUAUAAAGGGGCAUGAGUACACCAAAACUAGCUACAUCGCAACACAGGGUCCCCUCCAAAACACGAUGUACGAUUUUUGGAUGAUGAUCCGACAAAAUGUUAAAGAUUUUCUCAGCGAAAAGACAGAUAAAUCUUCCGAUGUCCCUAUUCAGAAGAUUGUAAUGCUGACAAACUUCAUAGAGAACAAUAGACAGAAAUGUGAAAAAUAUUUCCCAUUGGAAUUAAACGAGGAAAUAACGAUAACAAGCCCAGAGUUCACUGAUACGAGUUUCUUCAGCGAAAUGGAACCUACGAAGAGGAGUUUUGUUAUUAAAAACACAGGUCUAGUCAAGAAGGCCGGCUACACGAUUCGAAAGUUAACCGUUAGACAUUUGGAUUCGAAAAGUGAAUUAAGUGACAGUGAGCUAACAGUGUACCAUUACUGGUUCCAUAAUUGGGCGGACCAUAAGUGCCCCAAGGACGUGAAUGCGUUAUUAAAUCUAAGCUUAGACGUGUUAAAAGACCAAACGUAUAAUUUUAGUGAAAGUGAUGAUGAAAAAGAUGAACAGUGUCACUGUAAUGACAGUCCGAAGCCGGAUUCUAAGUUUGUGUUUCCUCCGCUAGAGUCCGCGAGUGUACCUUGUCCGGUUACUGUGAAGCUGUCUUCGCCUGUAGAUUUAUCUGUGGAGAACAAGUCGCCACCGACUAUAGUGCAUUGUUCCGCUGGUAUCGGUCGUACUGGUUGCCUUCUUGCCAUUCUGAAUGGCAUAAAGCAGCUGACAAGCGAACAGAAAGUUGAUGUGUUAGGUAUUGUUUGUAACUUGAGGUUGAAUAGAGGUGGAAUGGUACAGAAUUCUGAACAGUAUGAGUUAAUCCACAAAGUCUUGUGCCUAUUUGAACAGGCUUGUUUACCAAGUUUAUAGUUAGUAUAGAUAAUGAGAUGAAUACGAAACUGUAUAGCUGCAG